UUCCUUCGUAACUUUUCUCAGCUGAUUUCACAUUCAAUUUUCCCUUCCUCUCUCAGGAUUCAGUUGAUCAUUGCAUUUUCCGGCAUUGGCGUCGGCGAACUCGCUCCGGCUACUGCUUUUGACCAGGUUUCGUUUUCGAUUAAUUGAGAGCGAAUAUGACUGUGGAUGAAGUGACGGCUGUGCCUGCGGUGGAGGAGGUGCGAUCGUCUUCGUCCAAGGUUGAGAUUGCGGCGGAGGAAGUUCAGGUGAAGAAGAAUGGAAAUGAAGAUAUUUCCAAUGGCAUCAAGGGGGGGACUGUUAGGGAAGACAACGACGGCGACGGUGAUUAUGUUUUCGUUAACGGAAACGAAGAAGAAAAUGGAGGUCUAGUGGAGUCGGAUCUUGAGAAAAACGGAAAUGGCAUUGAUGGAAGAGAUCAGGGGGUUGAGAGUGUGGAGACCGAUGGAGAAGUGAAAUCUAAAACUGAUUUGGUUAAGGAUUCGAGAGAAGAGGAUGAAUCUUGUAUUGAAAUUGUGGAUCAGGACAAGGAAUCGAUGGAAUUGUGCCACGUGGACGCUCCUGUUGAUGAACAAAAUUCAGUGGAUCUUGUUCGGAGUGGUCCUGUUUUUGCAAUUAAUGCUGAAAAUGGUGUGCCAGAAACUGCCACGACUGAUCAGAAUGAAGUCUCUGAAUCAGCUGAAGAUGUUUCUGAUGCUAACAAUAUAGGUGAACACACUGGUUCAGAAGCUGCUGCUGUUGACUCCAGUGAUAAACAGAGUGAUGGAGAAGUGAAAUCUAAAACUGAUUUGGUUAAGGAUUCGAGAGAAGAGGAUGAAUCUUGUAUUGAAAUUGUGGAUCAGGACAAGGAAUCGAUGGAAUUGUGCCACGUGGAGGCUCCUGUUGAUGAACAAAAUUCAGUGGAUCUUGUUCGGAGUGGUCCUGUUUUUGCAAUUAAUGCUGAAAAUGGUGUGCCAGAAACUGCCACGGCUGAUCAGAAUGAAGUCUCUGAAUCAGCUGAAGAUGUUUCUGAUGCUAACAAUAUAGGUGAACACACUGGUUCAGAAGCUGCUGCUGUUGACUCCAGUGAUAAACAGAGUGAUGAGAUUUCUUCUGACUCUGGCCCUGACGUCAAUGGUUCGGCUAAUGGUGUUGAAGCCAAUGUUCUCGAUUUCAGGUCUAAAGGGAAUGAGGAAUCUGAAAUGGUUGUAGCUGAUGAUAGUGAUUACAAUGUAAAUGGUCUAGCUAAUGAUAGUGCUAAAGCCCCUGCCUCCGUAACAUAUGAUGUUGAUUCCAGGUCAAAAGAAAAUGAGGGCUCUGAAACGGCUGUCAAAAGAAAAUGA